AUGUUAAACAACAAUACGCCUAGUCCACAAAAUUCGAAAUCACUCAAACUUCGUGCUUUAUUCUUUGUUAUUCUCUUCAUCUCCUCAUGUUUACUUUUCGUUCGAUUCGAUUUAACCGCAUCUCGCAUGAUUAUUCAGAAUAUGUUCAAUCCAUUAAUCGUUACCAAUCAAAAGCACGAUACAAAUGCAACAUCGAUCAAGAGCAAUGACACUCAGGUCAUAGAUAAAACUCGAAACUUGAACAAUGAAUCAAAAUUUAGCUUGAAUACAAACGAUUCCAAUCAACCUAAAGAAGCAUUUGUCACUUUUUGUAAUAAUAAUCAAAGAUAUCUGGAUUUAUUGAAAGUUUUACUCGAUUCAGUACAUACUUUUUCUACAAGACAUAUCAUUGCAUUUGGAAUUGACGUCGAUCUUAACAUUGAUCCAACUCCAUAUCCACGGCUUAUUAAACGACGUAUUUCACAACGUGAUUGUGGUCCGUCUGUUUAUUUCUGCAAAAUACACGCGAUUGUCAGUAGUAAUGUUGAUUACGGUGUAUUAAUGGAAACCGAUGAUGUUGUCAACUACAAUGUCGAUCUUCUCUUUGAUGUUCUCCACGUUUGGCCCUAUCCCGUACCAUUAUCACCACGGCAUCCUGAUGACCCACAAAACUAUCAUCAUUUUAUGCGCCAAUUCAAUGUUUCGAAGCGUUCGCUACCAUAUAUACAUGCUCAUAUGAUUUGGAACUAUCAUGCAAUACCAUUUCUACGAAAUCUUCGAGAGCUGUUGCGUCGCGGCCACUUCCAUGGUUCAAAUUAUGAUGAAACAGCCGUUAAUGUUAUGCUUUGGCAUGCUAAAGCCAAUUAUACAUUAUGCAAAUAUGAUCCCUUCUUUACAUUUUCUGAGGCUUACGAGCUUUGGCCAAAUAUAACGAAUUGUACUCGAUAUUGUCAUACAGUAUUUAUUACAUUACAUGGAUCCAAGGACGCUCCAAUAUCGGCAGCACUUCUAGAACGAUUGAAAACGAUGAGAGGUAAACCAACUGUACAAACACCUGGUAUGGGUGGACUUUAUCAUUUGAAUGAUACCCGAUAUUCAUGCUGUUAUCCUGAUAGUAAACCAUCAUCGAUCCAUCCACUGUUAUGCCAACAUAAUUUGCUAUAA